AUGCAGCGACAAAUCAAAACAUCAACUCUUAUUGCAGCCGACGUCCUGGCCUACAGUUUGCAGUAUCGUUCCAUUAUUCGAUCAACACUUUCCACAAUUCCUUCUGGUUCCGACUGUGAACUAAAAGCAGAACUAACUGCAGUUGAACUGAUUUGGUCGCUGGCCGAAGCAAUUUUCAUCAGAACGGAACGUCAUUCAAUUGUAUUCGAUUUGAUGGAAUGGGCGCGUUCAUGCCUCGCGCAUACGCCAUACGUUGAUGAAAUCACAAAUUUGCUUCGAGCCGACAAAAUUCAGCUGCUCGACAAAAGCCAUUUCUGGAAACAGAUUAUCCUAUUCGUCCUCAGCGGUAUGUUCAAUAGUGCGGCAACAUUCCUGGACACAUGUGGCAAGCUGACUCAGGAUAAUGCAAUGAAGCAAUUGUCGCAAGUGCUCUCCAAACUAAACAUGGAUAUGCUAAAUGAUGACAAUUCUACCGAAGAUUUUAUAACCGCUCAAAAGAAAGUGCAAAAAAUGUGCAGAAGCGGUACUUUCCAGUCCUCUGAAGAGGCGCAGAAUGUAGCAUUAAUCAUCGCCGGUGAUGUGGAGGCAAUCAAGUCGGCUGCUGCAAAUCUGGAAAAUUGGUUCGAAUUGGUCCCACCGUACCUGUUUUUUGCUCAGCCACGUGCUACGCUUCCGCAAUUGAGGGACAUUGUAAAGGUGAGUUAUUUUGACUGA